GACUCAAAUCAGAGAGUUCCGGCACAGCCAAAUAUCAAAUUGGCUGAAAACGCCAUACAAAUAGAAGGUGAGCUAAGGUAAGAGAACCAAAUAUGAGUUUGUGCUCUGAUAUCUGUGACAAAUUAGACGAGAAUGUUUUGGAAGAGUUGACGUCCAAUGUGAAGCAAGUACAAGACAAUGUAUUGGAGGAGAUACUCACACUUAAUGCUGGAACUGAGUAUAUUAGGCGUUUUCUCCAUGGGAGUUCUGAUAAGGAGCUUUUUAAAAAGAACGUUCCCGUGACGACGUACGAAGAUGUAAAGCUUUAUAUCGACCGUGUUGCAAAUGGAGAGCCCUUUGAUGUUAUUUCUGGGAAACCCAUUACCGGUUUCCUACUAAGUUCCGGAACUUCUGUAGGAAAACGGAAGAUGUUUCCUCGUAACAACAAAUACUUGGAAAACUUGAAAUUCAUCUAUUUUUACCGCUCGCUCGUUAUAACCAAGCAUAUCGAUGGUCUUGAGCAUGGAAAGGGAAUGGUGUUUAACUUUUGUACACCAGAGCGGAAUACUCCCUCUGGUUUGCCAGCUUCGUCUGCGACGACGAGCUUCUUCAAGAGUGAUUACUUCAAGAACCGACCAUCAUAUUGGCAUUGGUCAUUCACAAGUCCUGACGAAGUCAUAUUGUGUUCAGACAACAAACAGAGUUUGUAUUGUCAUCUCCUGUGUGGUAUAGUUCAAAGAGACGAGGUUGUGAAGGUAGGUGCCGCCUUUGUUUCUAUCUUGGUCCGUGCAAUUACUUUUCUUGAAAAAUUUUGGAAAGAAAUUUGCACUAAUAUCCGUUGUGGUCAUCUUAGCGAAUGGAUCACUGAUAUUAGCUGUAGGGAUUCUGUAUCAAAGAUCCUUGGAGAACCUAAUCCUGAAUUGGCUGAUCUCAUCGAAAAUGAAUGCAACCAAAAAUCAUGGGAAGGUAUAAUUCCAAGACUUUGGCCUAAAACCAAAUUCAUCGAAAGCAUUGCGACAGGCCAAAUGGCUCAGCACAUCCCAACAUUAGAGUUUUACUCUAACAAUCUGCCUUUGAUUUCUUCAAGUUAUGUUUCUUCGGAAACUAUGUUUGGGAUUAACAUGAAUCCUUUGUGCAAACCACAAGACGUGUCAUACACAUUUAUGCCUAACUUCUCAUAUUUCGAGUUCUUACUUGUUGACGCGGGUGACAAAGUAGAAAUUGUUGAUCUUGUGGAUGUCAAGUUAGGGAACCAUUACGAGCCGUUGGUCACAAAUCAUUCUGGCCUACACAGACAUAAGAUGGGUGAUGUUUUACAAGUGACUGGAUUUUACAAUAGUGCACCUCAGUUUAGGUUUGUGCGGAGAGGAAAUUUGGUUCUGAGCGUUCAUUUGGAGAUAACUACAGAUGAAGAUCUUUUAAAUGCGGUGACACAUGCAAAGAUGGUUCUUGAAUCAUCAAAUUUGAUGUUGAUUGACUUUACAAGCUAUGCUGAUGUAUCUACUACUCCAGGUCAUUAUGUUCUCUACUGGGAACUCAAAGGCAAAUACAACAAUGACAUUGCUGAAAUUGAUAACAAGGUUUUAGUAGAAUGUUGUUACGUGGUGGAAGAGUCCUUGAACAAUUUUUACAAAGAAUUUAGGAGCAAAGACGGAUCAAUUGGAGCUCUAGAGAUAAGGGUGGUGCAACAAGGAACUUUCGAUUCUCUUAUGGAGUUUUUCAUUACCCAAGGUGCUUCUUCAACUCAAUACAAGACACCCAUUUGCAUCAAAUCUUCCGAGGCAUUAGCGAUCUUAGAAGAAAAAGUUCGAUCUAGGUUCUUUACCGAUAAGGUUCCCUUUCUUUAG